CCCCAAGAUCCAAAUUCUGACGUCGCCAGAUAAACGACGACAGCAGUGGAGGGAACAACAGCACUGCCAACAAGAACAUCAGUCUUAAGCAAGGCACCAACCAAUUCAUUAAAGAUGCAGAGCUUGAAGUCGGCGUCGGUGACUAACGCCGUCCGAAGCGCUCCCCGCAUCUCCCAGCGUUCAGUAUCGCGCACGACCCGCCCUCUCAGCACCCUCAACAGCUCCGCCAUCACCACCACCCUUCGUCCCCAAACCAGUCGCACCGUCUCCCGCAACCCAGCCAUUGGGCUUAGCACGACCCUCCUCACGUCCAGGACGCAGCACGCCCGCCAUGGCUCCUCGUCCGCCUCGUCGUCUGAGGCCCUCCAGAAGACUCCCCUCUACGACCUCCACCUCGCCCACGGCGCCCAGAUGGUUCCCUUCGGCGGCUUCCACAUGCCGGUGCAGUACAAGGGUCUUUCAGUAAGUGCUUCGCACGCCUUCACGCGCGAACACUCGUCCAUCUUCGACGUCAGCCACAUGGUGCAGCGCAUCUUCUCCGGCUCAGGAGCCCGCGAGUUUCUCGAGCGCGUCACGCCCUCCGACUUGGCCUCGCUGGGCGUCCACCGCAGCACCCUGUCGGUGCUGCUCAAGGCCGACGGGUCCGGCGGCAUUGUGGACGACACUAUCCUUACCAAGCUGGCCGAGGACAAAUUCUACGUCGUCACCAACGCUGGCUGCCGUGAGAAGGAUAAUGAGUACUUUGACCAGGAGCUCGCCAAGGCCAAAGCAUCCGGGCUGGAAGUGAACCAGGAGCAGCUGGAUGGCUGGGGACUGGUGGCCUUGCAAGGACCCGAGGCUGAGGCGGUGCUGGCUGAUGCGCUCGACGGCAACACCGAUCUGAAGCAGCUCUACUUUGGCCAGUCGGUGUACGGCAAGGUGAAGCUUGAUGGUGGUAAAACCAGCGCGCCCUUGUUGAUCAGCCGCGGCGGCUACACGGGCGAGGACGGGUUCGAGAUUUCCAUCCCGCCAUCCGAGACCGUCGAGGUCACAGAGAAGCUACUCCAGGUAGGCGGUGUCGAGAAGGUCCAGCUCGCCGGUCUCGGCGCGCGCGACUCCCUCCGCCUGGAAGCGGGCAUGUGCCUGUACGGGCACGACCUGGACGAGACGGUGUCUCCCGUCGAGGCCGCUUUGAGCUGGAUCAUUCCCCCGAACCGCCGCAAGGCGGAUGCCGGGUACUACGGAGCCGAGACCAUCAACUCGCAGCUGACUCCCAAGAGCAAAGGAGGAAACGGCGUCGUCCGCCGUCGCGUCGGCUUUAUUGUGACUGGUGCCCCCGCCAGAGAAGGCGCGGAGAUCGUGGCCAAGGGGGACCCGACUACGAAGCUUGGUAGGAUCACGAGCGGGUGUCCGAGCCCCAGUCUAGGGAAGAACAUUGCGAUGGGGUAUAUCAAGGAUGGCCAGCACAAGAGCGGGACGGAGGUGGAGGUGCUGGUGAGAGGAAAGCCCAGGCCGGCGGUGGUAACCAAGAUGCCGUUUGUGCCUAGCAAGUACUACAAGUCUGCUUAGAGCACUUGAAGGAGGAUAGUAUACAAGGCUUUACCCACGGGAGGGCAAGGGGGUGAAAGCUACAAUUUGACUAACUACAUACGAGAGUGGGACAAAGGAGAGUCAUUUCAUUCAACAACUAUGAAUUUCUGCGACAAGGUAACAAGGGGUAUCAUAGGAUCACGAAUGGCGUCAAACCGGGCACGGCGAUGUUAUAUAUUGUUUUCAACAACUGGGCACAACAGAACAGCUGAUGGGCGUAUGGUAGCUACUGCUGUUUUGCCAACGAUCAGUCUUGGCGUAGAUAAGUGGAAUAUUGGUCUCGUCAACCC